UUAUUGAUGAUCAACCAAGCUAUUAUUUCUUAGAAUGUGUAGUCAGAGUUGGAACACAGCUGUAUCGUACAAGACUGGAACACUUUGUUUUUUUUUUUGUUUUUUCCUUUUGUUUACUAAAGCAUUGUAAUCUCAGUGAUCUGUGCUGUUAUGUCAGCAGGUAACUUGCCUACUGCAGAGCAGUGUGCCAGCCAGGAUGACUCUGGCCACAUUAAAAGGCAUCGGGAAGCAGCUCCUGCGGGUGAAGGUCGUGGGCUGUAAUGCAGAGGAGUCCCGCUUGCCUCGAUGCCUCAACACGUUUGACGUGGUGGCCCUGGGUGUUGGCCGUACUCUGGGCGCUGGUGUCUACGUGCUUGCUGGUGCCGUAGCUCGAGACAGCUCUGGCCCUGCCAUCGUUCUCUCCUUCCUCAUCGCUGCCCUGGCUUCUGUCCUGGCUGGCCUGUGCUACGCUGAGUUCGGAGCUCGUGUCCCCAGAGCUGGCUCCGCUUACCUCUACAGUUAUGUGACGGUCGGAGAGCUGUGGGCCUUUAUCACAGGCUGGACCCACAUCCUUUCUUAUGUCAUGGGAAUUUCAAGCGUGGCUAGAGCAUGGAGUGCAACAUUUGAUGACCUGAUUGGAAGGCACAUCGAGGGAUUCUGCAGGCGAUACAUGACGAUGAACGCCCCCGGGGUCCUGGCAGAAUAUCCAGACAUAUUUGCUGUCUUCGUCAUAAUAACACUGACGGGACUGCUUGCUUUUGGAGUGAAGGAGUCGGCUUUGGUAAAUAAAAUAUUCACCUGCGUCAAUGUACUGGUGCUACUGUUUGUGAUCAUAUCUGGCUUCGUAAAAGGAAACCUGAAAAACUGGAACGUAAACCCUGAAGAAAUCCUCAAUGCCACCUGCAGCCCUAGCUUUAACAUGUCUGAUUCGUUACCAUCAAGAGAAAGUCUUGGUGAAGGUGGCUUCACUCCUUUUGGCUUUUCUGGGGUCCUCUCAGGUGCUGCCACCUGUUUUUAUGCCUUUAUAGGGUUUGACUGCAUUGCCACUACAGGAGAAGAAGUGAAGAAUCCUCAGAGGGCCAUUCCUAUCGGGAUUGUGGCCUCGCUCCUCAUCUGUUUUGUGGCGUACUUCGGCGUGUCGGCGGCCCUCACUAUGAUGAUGCCUUACUACUUGCUGGACAAAAACAGCCCUCUGCCAGUGGCGUUUAAGUAUAUUGGAUGGGAGGGAGCCACUUAUGCAGUCGCCAUUGGCUCUUUAUGUGCCUUG